CUUCUGUUUUCAUUUGAUAUCAAUCACAAUUGUCUUUAGUUAAGUUAAGUCAUUAUCUGGCUUUUGGGUCACUUCUGUCAUCCUCUUUGUUUCUUCCUUAAAUUUGCUUGUAGUUUUUAUGUUUAAGUUAAGAUUUUUUUCAUUUUUCUGUUUAUGUAUUUAUUGUUCACAAAGUUUUUUUUUUUAAAGUUCCAACUACCAAACCUGAUCUCCUGCAUGUCGGCUCCAACUCCAUCCGUUCCUGUUAGUCCCAAAUCAUGAUAAAGGUAAAAAAUCAUCAUGUUUGUCAACUUUUAGGAGCCCAUUUUCCAGUUAAGUUUCACAUUUAUCGAAUGUCUCGCAGCUUUUCUUUUUUUUUCCCACUCCAGUCAACUCUAAACGUUCACACAGCAUCAAUCUACCUUGCUAGUACAGGAGUGCCACAGCGCAGUCCCCCGGCUUUCUCAAUUUAAGAGGAUUGGUGAGGAAUUUAUCGGAUUACAUGGUGAUUGGACGGCCGCUCCUCGUCAAGCACCACGUCAGCCUCAUUGCAUCACCGCUGGGUUUUUACCCCCAUCGAGUGGGCCAGCCUGGCUUUGAGGAUGCUGGAGCAAAGAAGGCGCGGACCGCCUGGACCACGGGCGUGAUGGAGCCGUGAGAUGUAAAUGGGGAUGCGGCAGUAUUUCCAGGAGGAACUUGAUGUCCGUUCAGUUAUAAAGUGCUUUGCAUUAAAAAACAAACAUUGUCUCCUUCUCUGAAAAAUAAUCCAUUAUUGACAAUUAAUGUCAAACUGCACGCUGGAGCAGCUUCAUGCUGCCUCACCGUGUGGAGAAUCACUAAUGGAAAGAAAGCCUUAUAAGAUCCAGCUCAUCAAACUACACCUGAGAGCAGCAUAAUGCCCUCGAAAGUGUCGUGCCUUUACCUGUUGACAGUGGUCUGCUGGGCAAGCGCUCUGUGGUACUUAAGUAUCACCCGCCCAACAUCCACCUACGUGAGCCAAAUGUCUAUACCUAUAAGAAAGACGGUGAAAUCUCACAAAAACACCACCUUCACCAACAUCCGCACCCGCUCGCUCAACCCACACGCCUUCGAAUUUGUAAUCAACGAGCCCAAGAAGUGCGAAAGCAUCACCCCUUUUCUGGUUAUCCUCAUCAGCACCAAUCACAAGGAGUUCGAUGCCCGGCAGGCCAUCCGGGAGACAUGGGGGGAUGAGAGCACCUUCACUCAAAUCCACAUCCUUACCAUCUUCCUUCUGGGCUGGAACUCAGAUGAUGUGCUGAACCAGAUGGUGGAGCAAGAAAGUCAGAUCUUUCAUGAUAUUGUGGUGGAGAACUUUAUUGAUUCCUACCACAAUCUCACCCUGAAAACCAUGAUGGGCAUGCGUUGGGUGGCUACUUUCUGCCCAAAGGCGCAGUAUGUGAUGAAGACGGACAGCGACAUCUUUGUCAACAUGGACAACCUGAUAUACAAACUUCUAAAGCCAACCACAAAACCAAGAAGGAGAUACUUUACUGGUUAUGUAAUAAACGGCGGUCCAAUCAGAGAUAUGCGCAGCAAGUGGUACAUGCCCAGAGACGUGUAUCCAGACAGUAAAUACCCACCGUUCUGCUCAGGCACUGGCUAUGUGUUCUCAGCAGAUAUAGCUGAACUAAUCUACAAGACGUCAUUGCACACAAGACUGUUGCACCUUGAGGAUGUCUAUGUGGGGUUGUGUUUGCGCAAACUGGGUAUACACCCUUAUCAGAACAGUGGUUUCAAUCACUGGAAAAUGGCAUACAGUCUCUGCAGAUACAGGAGGGUUAUCACCGUCCACCAAAUCUCACCGGAGGAGAUGCACCGGAUUUGGAAUGACAUGUCCAGCAAAAAGCACCUCAGAUGUUAGAAGACCGAGGGAGGAGAAAAGCCUUUCUAAUUUAUUCAUUUUUUUGUUUUGUCAUUUUGUCUGUUUUAAUAUAUUACAAUGAAUAAUUGGUGAAUGCUGAGGGGCUCAUCACAAGCCUCCAUGCCAUUGCAGGUGUAUUUGUUAACAUUCAUGUUUCUGCUGAUUGCACCUCCUGAUUGUUAAUUGAAUUUUAAGGCUUGAAUACUUGAUGCAUACUUCAAUAUAACGUCAUUGCAAGGACUGUUUCUUCUUCUUGUUUGUGCAGCAAGUCCAGUUGGUGCAAACUAACCGGCAAAGACAGCAUAUCGCUCAGACAGCCUUGAUUUAAGCCCUCACUCUGACCUCUUGGCAGCUUAAGUGUCCUUGAGCAAGAGUCGAUACAAGCUCCACUGCUGUUGACCCAGCACCCUGACCCCAGCCAGCCAAAGGAGAAGAAUGUAAGAAGUGAAGCAUUAGAAUAUCUGUAGUUUAGGAGAGCCAGAAAGCAAAUAUGACCACCAGGCUGAUAUGUCUUGCUUCUCUCCGCAAUUUGUCUUUAAUAAGUCUUUAAAAAAGCUGCUGUGUACUAUCAAUAUCCAACCCCUAGUAAGCCAAGAUGAUGCUUUGAUGAUAAUUUUCCAUGAGAGACUCGCAGCAAUUAUUUUGAAUUUUCUCUGAUGACUUUGUUUACACGCUAUCAUCGCAUUGCCUUCUCGCUCUCUAAAGAAGUUAUGUAUAUUUACGCACUUUUUAUGCAUUUCCUCAUUUUCCCACUUUGCCACUUUGAAGCUGGAGGUAAUUAUGGGUCUCAGCUACAUCUUCUCAUUACUGCAGCUGCUGCUCUGGGUUGUUUUUGCUGAACAUCAGCAGCUGUUUCAGCUCAUCAGCUCCUCCACACAUCAAGAGACUUCUGUAUCACGCUGUGUAGGUCCGAGUUUCAUUGUCGCUGGGGCCGUUACGGGAUAGAUGUGUCGUCAUUAGCGUCGGGCAUAUAAGAGAGAGCCGCUGCCGACUGAACUUUUGCAGUUUCUUAGAAAAAAACAGCUGCGGCAGCCAAAUUAUUUUCUUUAUAUUUUUUUUUCCUGACGUUUUUUAGUAUGAAUACCUGCUGUGAUAAUAAAUGUGGCAACAACUCUACCAACAGAGGUUGUUGUUGUAAUCUAUUGUAUGCUUUUUUAUAUUAAAAACAAAUACUUGAAUAAUAAAAUGUGCUAAAAUCUA